UAGCAAAGCUACGUAAUGUAACAUCUAGUGAUAUUGAUAAGUUAUCUAUCUCAAAUAUGGAAGGAGGAUCAGACAGGUUUUGGACUCACCUAGUGAUGGCUUACGUUUUCACAUUCUGGACUUGUUAUGUUCUAAUGAAAGAGUAUGAGAAAGUAGCUUCUAUGCGUUUGUCAUUUCUCCAAACCGAGCAGAAUGUAAGUAAGUUCACUGCUGUUGCUGCUAGAAGACUCUUGUCGACUUGA